GACUCGGCAUGGAGGCGGUGGCGGAGACGGCGAGCGGCCCCCUCCUCCUGCUGCUCGGGAGUCGCUAGCGGCGCAUCCCGGGCUCCGAGCCGGCCGGCCUGCGGAGGCCAUGGACUGAGCCGCCAUGGGCGCCAAGGAGUCCCGCAUCGGCUUCCUCAGCUACGAGGAGGCCCUGCGGCGGGUUACAGAUGUAGAACUGAAGCGUCUGAGAGAUGCUUUCAAGAGAACUUGUGGACUCUCAUGUUACAUGAGCCAGCAGUGCUUCAUUAGGGAAGUGCUUGGUGAUGGAGUGCCUCCAAAAGUUGCAGAGGUCAUCUACUGUUCAUUUGGGGGAACUUCCAAAGGGCUGCAUUUCAAUAACCUGAUCGUGGGAUUAGUCCUGCUUACAAGAGGCAGAGAUGAAGAGAAAGCAAAAUACAUUUUCAGUCUCUUUUCCAAUGAAUCUGGGAGUUAUGUUGUCCGUGAAGAGAUGGAGCGGAUGCUUCAUAUUGUUGAUGGAAAAAUCCCAGAUUCGCUCAAGAGAUGUUUCUUCGAGGGUGAAAAGGUAAACUAUGAAAAGUUUAAGAAUUGGUUAUUGCAGAACAAAGAUGCUUUCACGUUCUCUCGUUGGCUGCUAUCUGGAGGAGUGUAUGUUACACUCACUGAUGAUAGUGACACCCCUACCUUCUAUCAGACUCUGGCCGGAGUCACUCACUUGGAAGAAUCAGACAUCAUUGAUCUCGAAAAACGAUAUUGGCUUUUGAAGGCUCAGUCAAGAACUGGACGUUUUGAUUUAGAGACAUUUGGCCCUUUAGUUUCCCCUCCCAUUCAUCCAUCUCUGAGUGAAGGUUUGUUUAAUGCCUUUGAUGAAAAUCGUGACAAUCACAUAGACUUUAAGGAAAUCUCCUGUGGGCUGUCGGCAUGUUGCAGGGGACCCUUGGCAGAAAGGCAAAAAUUUUGCUUUAAGGUUUUUGACGUUGACCGAGAUGGAGUUUUGUCUCGCACUGAACUUAAAGAAAUGGUAGUUGCGCUUUUAGAGGUCUGGAAAGAUAACCGUACCGAUAAGAUCCCUGAAUUGGGCAUGAAUUUGUCUGAAAUCAUAGAAGACAUUUUGGAUGCACAUGAUACCACAAAGGUGUGCCAUAUAGUUUUGGGUUUAAGACCUGCUACCCCAGAAGAGGAAGGACAAAUUAUUAGGGGUUGGUUAGAACGGGAAAGCAGAUAUGGUCUCCAGCCAGGGCACAACUGGUUUCUCAUCGCAAUGCAAUGGUGGCAGCAGUGGAAAGAAUACGUCAAAUAUGAUGCUAACCCUGUUGUGAUAGAACCUUCAUCUGUCUUGAGUGGAGGUAAGAGUUCACUCGUAGCUGCUGCAAUCCAUACAUCAGAACAGAGAGAAGACAAAACAGGAGGUCUAAAUUACUUCUCUGUCACAGAAGAAAAGUUUUCAGAUAAUAUUUCUACUGCAUCAGAAGCCUCAGAGACUACUAGCAGCAGUUUUCUUUACUCUAGCACUCCAGCAGCCGAUAUAUGUUUUGCUAGGCAGCAUAACACUUCGGACAAUAAUAAUCAGUGUUUGCUUGGAUCCAGUGGAAAUAUAUUGCUACAACUUAAUCCGCAAAGACCAGGAGCUAUUGAUAACCAACCACUAGUAACACAAGAACCAGUGAAGGCUGCAUCAUUAACACUGGAAGGCGGACGAUUAAAACGAUCUCCACAUCUAAUUGAAGGGAGGGAUUAUAAAAUGGUACCAGAACCAGUAUGGAGAGCCCUUUACCACUGGUAUGGGGCAAACCUGGCAUUACCUAGACCAGUGAUCAAAAACAGCAAAACUGGCGUCGCUGAGCUAGAGUUAUUUCCUCGCUAUCUGCUCUUUCUGAGACAGCAACCUGCCACUCGAACGCAGCAAUCGAACAUCUGGGUGAAUAUGGGGAAUGUACCUUCUCCCAGUGCUCCCUUAAAACGAGUGUUGGCUUACACAGGCUGCUUUAGUCGGAUGCAAACUAUUAAAGAGAUACAUGAAUAUCUGUCCCAGAGGCUACGUAUAAAAGAGGAGGAUAUGCGGCUGUGGUUAUACAAUAGUGAGAACUAUCUUACUCUUCUGGAUGAUGAGGAUCAUAUGUUAGAAUACCUGAAAAUCCAAGAUGAGCAGCACUUAGUAAUAGAAGUUCGAAACAAAGACAUGAGCUGGCCAGAGGAGAUGUCAUUUAUAGCAAACAGUAGUAAAAUAGACAGACAUAAAGUUCCUACUGAAAAGGGUGCCACUGGAUUAAGUAAUCUGGGUAAUACGUGUUUCAUGAAUUCUAGUAUCCAGUGUGUCAGUAACACACAACCUCUAACACAGUAUUUCAUCUCAGGAAAACAUCUUUAUGAACUCAACAGGACAAAUCCAAUAGGAAUGAAAGGACAUAUGGCCAAGUGCUAUGGGGAUUUGGUUCAGGAACUAUGGAGUGGGACUCAAAAGAACAUAGCUCCAUUAAAGCUACGGUGGACGAUAGCAAAAUAUGCUCCAAGAUUUAAUGGUUUCCAGCAGCAGGACUCACAGGAGCUUCUGGCUUUUCUUCUGGAUGGUCUUCAUGAGGAUCUGAACAGAGUUCAUGAUAAGCCAUAUGUAGAACUGAAAGAUAGUGACGGUCGACCUGAUUGGGAGGUAGCAGCAGAGGCCUGGGAAAAUCAUCUGAGAAGAAACAGAUCAAUCGUAGUGGAUUUGUUUCAUGGGCAGCUGAGGUCCCAAGUAAAAUGCAAAACAUGUGGGCACAUAAGUGUUCGAUUUGACCCUUUUAAUUUUUUAUCCUUACCUCUUCCAAUGGAUAGCUACAUGCACUUAGAAAUUACAGUAAUUAAAUUAGAUGGUACUACCCCUGUUCGAUAUGGGCUCAGACUGAACAUGGAUGAGAAGUAUACAGGUUUAAAAAAGCAGCUAAGUGAACUUUGUGGGCUAAAACCAGAACAGAUUCUUCUUGCAGAAGUACAUAGCUCUAACAUAAAGAACUUUCCUCAAGACAACCAGAAAGUUCGGUUAUCAGUGAGUGGGUUUUUAUGUGCUUUUGAGAUACCGGUCCCAGGAUCCCCUACGUCAGCUUCUAGUCCUGUGCAAACAGAUCUCUCCACUGGACCAUCAGCUAAUGGAAUGCUCAACAUAAUGAUGAAUGGGGAUUUCCCCAGACCAACACUAAUUCCCAAUGGAAUGCCAAAUACUAUAGUGCCAUGUGGAACAGAGAAUAACUUUGCCAAUGGGAUGAUGAAUGGUCAUAUGUCCUUGCUUUCUGAUAGUCCAUUUAUAGGCUACAUCAUUGCAGUCCACAGAAAAAUGAUGCGGACAGAACUAUAUUUCCUUUCAUCUCAGAAGAAUCGUCCCAGUCUCUUUGGAAUGCCAUUAAUUGUUCCAUGUACUGUUCAUACUCGGAAAAAAGACUUGUAUGACGCAGUAUGGAUUCAGGUUUCCCGGCUUGCCAGCCCUCUCCCUCCCCAGGAAGCUAGUAACCAUGCACAAGACUGCGACGACAGCAUGGGGUACCAGUAUCCAUUUACCCUUAGGGUGGUUCAGAAAGAUGGAAAUUCUUGUGCUUGGUGUCCAUGGUACAGAUUUUGCCGUGGUUGUAAAAUCGAGUGUUCAGAAGACAGGGCUUAUAUUGGAAAUGCUUACAUCGCCGUAGACUGGGAUCCUACAGCCCUUCAUCUCCGCUACCAGACAUCACAGGAACGGAUUGUAGAAGAGCACGAAAGUGUUGAACAAAGCCGCCGGGCUCAGGCGGAGCCCAUCAAUCUGGAUAGCUGUCUAAGAGCUUUUACCAGUGAGGAGGAGCUGGGAGAAGAUGAGAUGUAUUACUGUUCCAAGUGCAAGACUCAUUGCCUAGCCACUAAAAAACUGGACCUUUGGAGGCUUCCCCCUAUUUUGAUAAUUCACCUGAAACGAUUUCAGUUUGUAAAUGGUCGCUGGAUAAAAUCUCAGAAAAUUGUUAAAUUUCCUCGUGAAAAUUUUGACCCAAGUGCCUUUCUGGUACAAAGGGAUCCAAGUCAUUGUCAGCGAAAGCAACUAACUCCCCAAGUUGAUGACCUUUCUGAGCCACGGAUUCUGCAAGGGGAGCCUAAAAAAACAGAUCUCCAAAAUACUUAUACAUCAGGUGAAGGGGAUGUGCUGAACAGGAGUCCAUCCUCAUUUAACACUAGUAGCAUCUUGAAUAAUAUCAAAGCAUCUCCAUCACCAGGGAGGAAAAGUGGAACCAGCUGUCCUUCAAGUAAAAACAGUAGCCCAAAUAGCAGCCCCAGGACUUUAGGAAAAGGUAAAGGGCGGCUGCGGCUACCACAGAUAGGUAAAAACAAACUAUCAAAUAGCAAAGAAAAUUUGGAUGCACGUAAGGAGAAUGGUACUGACCAGGACCAGAAACUUACUUCUGACCAAGGAGAUGCCAUUAGCAAAGGACACGUUUUGGGUGGUAGCCAGAGUGAAUUAUUCAUUUUUCAGGAUGAGAUGACUUUAGCCAAUGGAUACAUUUGUGAGCAGAAUGCAUAUAGUAAUGGCAGUAUCAAUGGUGUGAUUGAUAACCACAAUGAGGAGGAUAUUACAGAUGACCAAAGAGAAGUCUGUUUUAACCCUAUUUACAAUCUAUAUGCAAUUUCGUGCCAUUCAGGAAUUAUGGGAGGAGGUCAUUAUGUCACUUAUGCCAAAAACCCAAAUAACAAGUGGUACUGUUACAAUGACAGCAGCUGUAAGGAAUUACAUCCUGAUGAAAUUGACACCGACUCUGCCUACAUUCUUUUCUACGAGCAGCAGGGGGUAGACUAUGCACAGUUUCUGCCAAAGAUAGAUGGCAAAAAGAUGGCAGACACAAGCAGCAUGGAUGAAGAUUUUGAGUCUGAUUAUAAAAAGUACUGUGUUUUACAGUAAACAAGUGGUCUUCCAUGGACCGUUUGAGAGCAUGCAGGAUGAAACUUACAUUUGGCUACAGUGUUAUUGAAGUGAACGAGCUAAAUGUCAUUUGUCGUAUCCUGUGAUCAGAAAGCACAAAAAGAAACAUCUAAUUAGCUAGCAGUUAACAUAAACAUUGUUUUUGUUCUAAUAUCUCACUACAUGCUCUAAACAAUUCUGGUGUUAGACAUCAGAUUAAAACUGCCAUUGGCCUUUAAAUAAAAUGGUUUGAUGAAAGCCAACGAGGACCAAAUAAGAGCUAAAUGAAAUAGUCCAAAUAAGAGCUAAACAGAGCAGUGUAGAGUUUACCAGUUAUUCUAACAAUCCUAAGGUUCUCCUUAGAUUCAAGAUGAUGGAAAAAAAUUGUAGUGUUGUCUAUUGACAACAUGAUAUUGCUACCUCCUUUUUCCUGAAGUUUCAUCCCAUUUUAUUGGCAAGACAGGGAAAGCAAGAAAAUGAAAAGUGCACAAAGGUUGCAGAAUGGUUAUGGAAUGUUUCCAUUUUUGCCACUAUUUAUGUGUAUUGUUGCUUUCAAUAUGUUGGGAGCACGACCAAAUCAUUAUUUGAGAGCAGAUUGAUUUCUGCACUUGAAUGGUUUAUUAUAAUUUGUUUUCUCCACAUGUUGUUUGUGCAAAUCAGCAAGUUUCAUAAAUGGCUAUCCGGCCUGAGGAAUCCUAUCUUUCAGACAUUGAAAAGUCUCCAGAAAAAAAAAGAGAGAGACUGUUCAGGCUGGAGGGAAUAUUUGUGGCUAUAUGCGUUGUGUCUGAAUGUGCACUUUGCACAAAGUGCUCCCAACUCAUUGAAGGAAAGAUGUUAUGUUUCAUUACUAGUGUUGCUUUUAAAUUUUGCACUUUUAAAAAAAUUCAUACAAUUACAAUUCAAAAGCAUUGUUUAUUUUUGUUGCUGUAAGGGCCCUGGAUGUCACUAUUGGAUGGAUGUCACUAUUCUCUACUAUGUCUUUUAAAACAUGUCAGAAAAGAUGGUUGUCAGAUAGUUAUGUUAAGAGGCAAGAAGGAUUUUUGUUCAUUUCUUAAUUUAAACUGGAUUUGGUUUUUUAAUUGGUUUGCAUUUUCAAAUUUUCUUAUUGUAACAGGCUAGGCAUUAAUUUGCAGGGUUUUUGAAAAAAAACCCACUUUUUAACAGCAUUAAUCAACAAAUUUGCUACUACUUGGCAUUCAUUUUAUUACUCACCAGCUAGAUUCUGCUUUUCUUGCCCAUCCAAAACCCCCUUUUAAUUCAGUUGGGGCUUUGGCUUGAGCAAGGAAUGCAGGAUUGAGGCUUGUUCAAGACUGGAAAAAAUGUUAUUUAUGAGUAGGCAUUUCUUUUAGUACUUUAGCCAGGUUAAAUUGUUAGCAUAUCUGAAUCGAGGUAAAUGUUUUUCACUCUUUUUUCAGCCUUUUCUUCAACUAAGCCUCAGCAAGUUAGUUAUUUUAUCCUUCAUUUCCUUAAGCAUCCCUCUUUAGACUUGGCAUAAUUACUGAUGAAAUUUACAUUUACAUUCUAGAUCUGUAAAAUUAGUUAAUAUUCAACCCCCUUUCAGUGUGUUCUACAACAAUGCCAAAUCAACUGGUAAGUAUCUACUUUUCAGAAAGGGGCUGUUUUUAUCCAUUUAAGAAACUAUAUAAAGUUGAUCAUGCUGUCUUUACUCAGGCAAAACCCCCACAAUCUUAAAUGGAAGUUGUACUUCUGUAAGGAUUGAUCAGUUUCAAAAUAAGUAUUGUCUUUGACCUAAGAUGCCGAUCCCUAUUCUGUGUGUUCUUUUAACCUUUAGAGUGGUCUAAACAGUGAGGUUGAAGAAAAGCAAAUGUUAUGAAUUUUGGAAUUUUUCAUUUUGGGAUUUUGUGAUCACAUUUGUCUAUAUCUCCCUAGCCAAACUCCAUGAAAAUUGAAAGAUUUUCAAAUUAUUUACUUUAACAGAUUUUAUUUAAGCAGGUAGCACAAUCUACUAAUGUUGUUUGAUCUUUUGUGUUUGUUACAUUUGUUGUAAUUUUUUUUUAAUUAAAUUAAUUCAUGAAUUAGCAGGAAAUUUAUUAAGUUAACUACAUUCACUUUGUAAAUUAUUGUAUAAAACUUAUUGACAAUGCACUGACUUUAGAAAGAUAUUAAUGUACAUAAAUACCCUGUAAAUAAAAGUGUUGAUGUAUUGGAAUAUGAGCUGUAUAAAAAAAGUAUCAGUAAUUGUAUAUGGAGUGAACCCGUUUAUCUGUAACUAUAUUAUUCAGACAGAUUAAAUACUGUGGAUGCA